CAGGCAAAAGGACAAAGUUCCGUCGUUGGCGCAAAAAUUUGGAGGCAAUGCUCUGACGUAAAUCGCAAUUCCCCCUCCAACCAUAACCGUACUCUCCGAUUUCUUGAUUUAUUCUUCCCCGUCUCCUUCGAUUCUUCUCCGUGUUUCGAUUUUUCGGCUUUCAAGGAAGAUAUGUGGGAACCCAUUUGUUUAACUCUGGCCGCCGCCGCCGGCAACAAUAUCGGCAAAAUUAUUCAGAAGAAGGGCACCGUCAUUCUUCCUCCUCUCUCCUUCAAGCUCAAGGUGAUAAGGGCUUACGCUUUUAACAAAACUUGGAUCAUAGGUUUUCUGAUGGAUAUAUUUGGAGCUGUUCUAAUGCUGAGAGCGUUAUCUCUCGCCCCUGUCUCUAUAAUUCAACCAGUUUCUGGAUGUGGACUUGCCAUCCUCUCUAUUUUUUCACAUUUUUAUCUGAAGGAAAUAAUGAAUGCUGUCGAUUGGAUGGGGAUUACGCUUGCUGGCAUUGGCACCAUAGGGGUUGGUGCUGGAGGCGAGGAGCAAAAGGCGUCUGCGAUAUCGAUUUUCCAUUUGCCAUGGCUAGCUUUCAUCAUUACCAUCUUGUUUGUUCUUCUUAGCGGAUGGCUUCAUUUCUACAAACGUCAAAGGAAAGAACAAGAGUUGAUGGAAUUUGAAGUUGUCGAAGAAAUAAUAUACGGCUUAGAAUCUGGCAUUUUGUUCGGGAUGGCAUCUGUAAUAUCAAAAAUGGGAUUCUUAUUCUUGGAGCAGGGCUUCCACGAAAUAUUGGUACCAAUAUGCAUCCUGAUAAGUAUUUGUUGCAGUGCUACAGGAUUUUACUAUCAGACUCGAGGACUAAAACAUGGGAGGGCAAUUGUGGUGUCUACAUGUGCUGCUGUGGCAUCUAUCGUCACUGGUGUCGUUGCUGGUAUGCUUGCUUUGGGUGAAGAAUUGCCCUCGUCACCGACUGCUCGCCUCUUCCUUCUGCUGGGAUGGCUGCUAAUCAUCACAGGUGUUAUUCUGCUUGUGAGUUCAGCACGACUGACCCGACGUCUUACUUGGCUAUACCGACGAUUUAAGCGAAGUGGUGUGGAUAGGAGCUUUGGGCAUAGAUCUGGAUCAUCUGUGCGCCUACGAGAUUCAAGCCCCAGUGCAAUCAUUCAGACAACCACAUUGCAGAAUAUGAUGUUAUCAUCAAAAGCAAAGGCUGACGCUUGAAGACCGUGAAGACGGUUCAUGUGUAGAUAUAAUACCAAUGUGGGAGUCCAUCCAGGUAUGAACAUAUUCUGAUCUGGGUUGGAAUUUGGGAAUGCACUCCACUUUCUCAUGGGUGUGUUUUUUAGAAUUAUACCUUCUUGCUUGCAUAGGCACCACAUGUUUCGAGAUCUCCUUUGAUUGAUUGUUUCAAUGUUUGAGGCCAUUUCAUAAUAUCCAAUUACCCAUUAUAAUGUAUGAAUUUUUGAAGAAUGAUGAUGAUCAUGAUCUUAGUCAAUUUAUGAAGAUUGUUCAACCAUUUAUUUUC